AUGCAAACUGGCACCUGGCUAGCAGCGAUAAUGACUUCGCUUCUUGUUAUUAUCGAUAAUCAGUAUUGCUUUUCACAUACUACUGAUACUAAUACUGGUACCACCACUGUUACUAAUAUCAAUACACCACCUGCAAUUAUCAAUGAUGAACAGAAAGCUGGAACUUCGUAUGAUUAUAACGGACUUUCAGCGUACAAUCGUUUGAGACAUUCUGAACGACAGCGACGACGACACAAGCAAAUGUUGCAGCAAAAACAAAAGCAACAACUACAAAUACACCGUUCCGAUGGUAGCAGCAUUAACGAUAAAUUCUUCGAUAAUUUACGAAGACCGUUGAAUGUCAACAAUAACAACAAUAACAAUAAUAACAACAACAACAACAACAACAACAACAACAACGACAACAAUAACAACAAUAAUAACAAUGGUGGUAUACUAAGGAAUAAAUUGAAAGCUCACCAUAGAGAUCUCAAAUCAAAACGGGAGAGGAACGAGCCAUUAUGUGAAAGUGACCGUAAUACUGUGCAUAUGAAUACUCCAACUGAAGAAUAUGAUCCGCCAUUUUUUGUCGAAAUACGUUGCAAAAAUAUCGCUGAUUACGAACAGCAGCAAGGACGCGUACCUAUUAGGCCACAAACAUGUGUGCAUGGUAUGUUACGCUGCGUACAAAACUACAAGGAUCAGCAUUUUUCACGUCGGCGAAUUGGCUCUCAUAGUUGGCAUCCAUAUACGAUUCCUAAUGUGCCAAGCUCAUGUGAAUGUAUGUGGCCGGUGGAUAAAUAUGGACACCAAGAACUUUAA